UUCAUUACAUAUUCUCCCACGUGCUCUAUUACCCUUUCCCCUAUCCUUUAUCUCUUUAUCUCCACGUGCUCAAAUCCUCUCUAACCAUUUUCUUCUUCUUCUUCAAAGCUCUCUUUGUUGUUCUUGUUCUUGUUCUUGUUUUCUCUUCUAUGUGAAAAAAAUGAAUUUUCACAAACUUCUUUUGACGAUGUUCUCAAUCGUUGUUGUUAUGUUCACCUGUAAUUCCAUAAUCCCUUUCGCAGAACCAAUAACUACAACGGAAAACGACAGGUCGUUUUUCGAUCCAAGCUGUAGUAGUUGUACUACUGGUCUGAGUUUGAGGCCUUCAUCUUCGAGCCGCAAAAACAAGAGCACUACUGGGUCUCCUUUAAUACCAUCAACUGAGGAGGGUGAGGUGUGGACAAAAGAGGCGGUGUUGGGACUGGCACGGCGGCCGGAGACGGUGGAGUGGUUGAAAAGUUUGAGGAGGACGAUUCACUCAAACCCUGAGCUGGCUUUCGAAGAAGUCGAGACCAGCAAGUUGAUUCGAGACGAGUUGGACCGCAUGGAUAUCACUUACAAAUACCCUUUGGCUAAAACUGGUAUUCGAGCUUGGAUCGGCACUGGUUCUCCUCCAUUUGUGGCCAUCAGAGCUGACAUGGAUGCACUUCCUAUUCAGGAAGCUGUUGAAUGGGAACACAAAAGCAAAGUUGCCGGCAAAAUGCACGCUUGUGGACACGACGCACAUGUUGCUAUGCUUAUUGGUGCUGCCAAGAUCUUAAAGAGUCGCGAACAUCUUUUAAAGGGAACUGUAAUACUGCUGUUUCAACCAGCAGAAGAAGCAGGGAAUGGUGCAAAAAGGAUGAUAGGGGAUGGGGCUCUGGAAAAUGUGGAGGCCAUUUUCGCAAUUCAUGUUUCCCAUGAACAUCCUACAGGUAUCAUUGGAUCAAGACCUGGUCCUUUGCUUGCCGGCUGUGGGUUCUUCAGAGCUGUAAUUAGUGGCAAAAGGGGUCAGGCUGGGAAUCCUCACCACUCUGUUGACCCCAUUUUAGCAGCCUCGGCCGCGGUUAUCAGCUUACAGGGUCUUGUUUCUCGCGAAGCAAAUCCAUUGGACUCGCAGGUUGUGUCGGUAACAUCGUUUAAUGGAGGUAACAACCUUGACAUGAUCCCGGAUGCUGUUGUGCUUGGUGGUACUUUCAGAGCUUUCUCCAACAUAAGCUUCUACCAGCUUCUACGAAGAAUAGAAGAGGUAAUUGUGGAACAAGCCAGCGUUUACAGAUGCUCAGCAAUGGUUGAUUUCUUUGAAAAGCAGAACACAAUAUAUCCCCCCACUGUGAAUGAUGAGAAAAUGUAUGAGCAUGUGAGGAAGGUGGCCAUUGAUUUGGUUGGUCCAACAAAUUUCAGGGUUGUCCCUCCGAUGAUGGGUGCUGAGGAUUUUUCCUUUUACUCUGAAGUAGUCCCUGCAGGCUUUUUCUACAUAGGGGUAAGGAACGAGACAUUGGGUUCUACACACACAGGACACUCACCUUUUUUCAUGAUAGAUGAAGAUGUUCUUCCUAUAGGAGCUGCAGCUCAUGCCAGUAUUGCAGAAAGAUACCUCGACGAACAUGACUGAUGUGCGCGAAUCAAUGUAUUUUAUGCUGCAAGUUUAAGAUAGAGGCGCACAAGUGACAGAGAGUCCAAUCCAUCAAGCCUUUGCAUGCUCUAUAAAUUUUGGUCUAAUGGGAGUUUAGGGAUGGUAGGUAAUAGGAAAAACUCCUCCAUGCUAUGAAGAACCAAGUAGAGGAUGCUCUGCCUCUCGGUGCAAUUGUAACUACUGGUUUUUUUUUUUUUUUUGAUUUGUAACUACUGGUUUGUUGUUAUUACAGAAAAUACUCAAAAUAGUAGUUCCUUUAUCAUCAUUCUGUUCGGUUAUAAGCAUCAAAUUGGGACGCAAAAGAGAAGUGAAGAUCA